AUGUUGUUUUGGGCUCGACGCAGGAACGAUGAUUCAAAGCUUGUACAGGAAGUUGUUCAAGAUCUUUCUGAGAAGUUAUACCUAGAAGACUCACCUGAGAAGUUAGACGAAACACCUGUGUUGGUUGUGAUGAUUUUUCUCAAGAAACGAAUAGAAUCUUUCUUAUCAAUGGAUUCUGAAGAUGUCCAAAUGUUAGGACUCUGGGGUAUGCAAGGCAAAGAGAAAACCACCGUCGUUAAGCACGUCUUCCAAGGCUUCUCCAGGCAAUUUCAUAGUCAUUGA